AUGUCUUCAGUGGAACAGGUCCCUGUGGAACCAUACAACAUCCCACUUUCCCAGGCGGAAGUCAUCCAGGAAGGGAGUGAUGUUACUCUAGUUGCUUGGGGAACGCAGGUUCAUGUGAUCAGAGAGGUGGCUUCCAUGGCACAGGAAAAGCUUGGAGUGUCUUGUGAAAUAAUCGAUCUGAGGACUAUUAUACCUUGGGAUGUGGAUACAAUUUGCAAGGGAAUCCAGGACGGAUGAGCCCUAUAGGACCAGUGGUGUG